AUGUUAAUGUCAUCGAAAAUUUGUAAACAUUUGAAGCUUGUUAUUUACCUUUCUCUUGUAACAAACUUUUUAAAUAUCGUUUUAAUAACCAGCUUGAUCAACAUAAUGUUUCAUAAGUGCUUAGUGCGUGCAAUUACUCAAACUUUUGGAGGUUCGAAAAACUUUCAAAAUGCCAACAUUUGCAAAAUACGGGGCCCUGCUUGCGAUCGUUUCAGAGACUUCAGCUCCUCUAACACGGCCAUUCAGCCGGACAAAUUGGAAAAAGUCCGGUUUGAUGAGUUCAAAAAGCUGCUCAAAAAUGAGAAAGUCGUUGUCAUCGAUGUUCGUGAGCCGCAGGAGCUGGUAGAGCAUGGGGCUUUGCCCCGGGCCUUGAAUAUACCACUGGACGAAGUAGAAACAGCCCUUAAAACCCUGCCAAAUGAGCAAUUUCUCAAGAAGUAUGGUGGUCCUAAGCCGGACGCAGACAGCCCCAUAGUGUUUUCUUGCAUGAAGGGGAUGCGGAGUGAAAAGGCCCAAAUCGCAGCUUUGCAACUGGAUUAUAAAAAUGUGAAGAAUUAUGUGGGCGGUUGGACUGAAUGGGCAGAAAAAAACAAAAACUAAACAAAGAAGAACAAGGUGGCACUCUGUGCAAUCAAGCCAGCUUCGCCCAAAGAAAAACUCGCUCGUAAGCCAAUCAGCAGGAAUCGAUAGAAACUUAGGAAACUAAAAGCACCGAAAAAGGCACUGAUUGACGAGAAAGCCCACCCUAUAAAUGGCAUGUUGCUGUUCGAAAUAUAACCGUUCUAAAAGCG